AUUUCAUCUCAGAUGCACUGAAAAACUGUGUGUAGCCCAUGCAAUAUUUACCAAAAUUAUGUAAAUAUUCAAACACACAAAUAUGCAAAGAAAUUGCUGAAUCCUUGAAGAUAUUCCCUUAUCUCCCAGAAUCCACCUCAAUAAAAUUUAGCUAUAACUUUGAAGAAUGUUACAUUCAGAAGGCAAAUGUUAUAUUUCUGAAAUAUCUUACUCUAAUGCUGCAGAAAUUUGACUCUUUCGAUCAAACCAAGAUCACUAAGAAGACGGGUUUUAACAGUGGCUUAAAUACCAAGAACUCUUACAUAACUUGUGAUGCGAUCUCUACGAUCAUAAGUGACAUCACCAUAUUGACAACAGUCUUGAGAUAGACCACUCUCCAUGCUCCACUUAGCCAGAGGACAAAUGCAACCACUGUGACGAUACUUUCCUCACCAUUAGGAUAAAUAUUAAGAGCGUAGUACAGAUUAAUACAUCUUGAUUUAAAAAGCAACAAAUCCUGAAAGUAAUGCUUACUCUAAAUUCA